UUUCUCCUAUCCACGACAACACGCCCCUACUGUUCAGUCUAUUCUAAACCUAUCAAAAUUCAAAAGUUUCGUUAUUGGUCUUGUUUCUCUUCCUGCCUCUGGCUUUGUGUCUAGGAGUGUCCUUCUACCUCUUCCAACCCAGUUCACAGAGAUUAAGAAUCACAACAUAAGCAUCUAAUUGGUAUCUUCAAGGAACAUAUUUAUGAUGUAUAUAUGUUGUGAUUUUGGAGGUCUUUGCAACAGUGACUGCAACCGCAAUUUAAGACCUUGACAUGGGUAUUUCCAAGAUGAGUAUUUUGAAGUGUCUGGGGGAGCCCAGGAAUAAGCUUUUUGCUGCCAGAAAGUAUCUUGAAGGACUGGGUUUUUCCUCUUUUCACACAGCUUCAAAAUCCUCUGUGGAGCUUCACUCACAAGAAGAGGAAGUAGUGAUUGCUUUGGGAAGUAAUGUAGGUGACAGGCUGCAUAACUUCAAGGAAGCCCUGAAAUUGAUGAGGAACUCAGGCAUUAACAUCACAAGACAUGCUUGCUUGUAUGAGACAGCACCAGCAUAUGUUACUGAUCAACCUCGCUUUAUCAACUCAGCAGUUAGAGCUGUUACUAAACUCGGUCCACAUGAACUAUUGUCUGCACUCAAAAAAAUUGAGAAGGACUUGGGCCGUACAGGUGGUAUACGGUAUGGUCCAAGGCCAAUUGACUUAGACAUUUUAUUCUAUGGUAAAUAUAAAGUCAGAUCUGAUAUCCUCACUAUACCUCAUGAAAGAAUUUGGGAAAGGCCAUUUGUGAUGGCUCCCUUGAUGGACUUAUUGGGAUCAGCUAUUGACAGUGACACAGUUGCUUCCUGGCAUUCAUUUUCAGGCCAUUCUCGUGGACUCACUGGAUUAUGGGAAGAUUUAGGGAGUGAAUCCCUUAUUGGAGAGUUUGGAAAGGAAGGAAUGUAUAGGGUAAUGCCUGUUGCAAAUGGCUUACUUGACUGGUCGCGGAGAACUUCCGUCAUGGGGAUCCUUAAUGUGACUCCAGAUAGUUUUAGUGAUGGGGGAAAUUUCAAGUCUGUGGAGUCUGCUGUUUAUCAGGUUCGGUUAAUGAUUUCAGAAGGAGCAGAUAUGAUUGAUAUCGGGGCUCAGUCUACUCGGCCAACGGCCUCUAGGAUCUCUGCUGCAGAAGAAUUAGGUAGAUUAAUCCCUGUCCUGGAAGCUGUAGUGUCAAUGCCUGAGGUAGAAGGAAAGCUCAUUUCUGUGGAUACUUUCUACUCUGAAGUUGCUUCAGAAGCAGUGAGUAAAGGGGCUCAUCUUAUAAAUGAUGUAUCUGCUGGACAGUUGGAUAGUAACAUGUUUAAAGUCAUGGCUGAUCUUGAUGUUCCUUAUGUUGCAAUGCACAUGAGGGGGGACCCAUCUACAAUGCAGAAUAGUGAAAAUCUGAAAUAUGGUAAUGUUUGUAAAGAGAUAUCAUCAGAGCUAUACUCGCGGGUUAGAGAGGCAGAGAUGUUAGGAAUCCCAGCAUGGAGGAUUAUGAUUGACCCUGGCAUUGGAUUCUCAAAGAAAACUGAACACAAUUUAGACAUUCUCAUGGGACUACCUGAUAUCAGAGAAGAGAUUGCCACAAGAAGUUUGGCCAUCUCUCAUGCUCCCAUGCUUAUUGGACCCUCAAGAAAGAGAUUUUUAGGUGAAAUUUGCUCUCGUCCCGACGCAGCCAAGAGGGAUCCUUCUACCAUUGCUUCAGUCACAGCUGGUGUUUUGGGAGGGGCUAAUAUUGUUAGGGUGCAUAAUGUCAAAGAUAAUCUAGAUGCUGUGAAGGUUUGUGAUGCAAUCCUAAGACAGAAAAGUUCUCACUUGAAAUCUAGACAUUAGCAUAUCUGCUGAUGAUGUUAAUUGUCUGUCCACCUCUGGGUAUUUGGAUUUAUGCAGCAACAACUCUGCUAGUGUUGUUGUUUGCUAUGUUGCUCAUACUCCAAGGUCAUAUGUAGAACACCACAAUGCUGCCAAAGCCGGAACAAAGAAGCAUUAAGUACAAUGUAGCAUUCAAUAAUCAUCAUACUAUUGUUCGAUUCUCAAUUUUGUCUAUCUUGUAUUUAUUUCAUUCCUUAACAUGUGUUUGAUUCACGGAUUUUAUUUCAACCCCAUCACUUGUAACUUAUUGAUUCACAAAUGUGUGUUUU